UUUGGUAUAAAAGCCACAAGUUCAUAAACCUCUUGCCAUAAACCAAGUUGAUCACUUGCCAUAAAAUGAAAUACCUCUUCGUAAUCGCCCUCAUCGUCCUGGCUAUCCAGUUGGCCUCGGCAGCUACAACCAGCGAUGCCACCACAACGACAACCUCCGCCGCAACAACGACGACUACAACGACAACGACGGAUUCUUCCACCACCACAACCACCGAAUCGUCCUCCACUGGAACCAAGCGCUGCUCCAAGAGCAAUAACUGGUGUGGCACAUUCAGGCCCAAGAAGAAGUGCAAGCACCCCAAGAGGUGCCACAAGACUAUUGUGAUAGUGACUCACAAAAAGAACUGAUAAAGCAUUAGGAAUUCUUUUCAAUAAAACCAAAAUUUUAAAACUAA